AUGUCUGGCAGAGGCAAAGGCGGGAAAGGGCUCGGCAAAGGAGGCGCUAAGCGUCACCGCAAAGUGCUGCGCGACAACAUCCAGGGCAUCACCAAGCCCGCCAUCCGUCGCCUGGCUCGGCGCGGCGGUGUCAAGCGUAUUUCUGGCCUCAUCUACGAAGAGACUCGCGGAGUGCUGAAGGUCUUCCUGGAGAACGUGAUCCGUGAUGCUGUGACCUACACCGAGCACGCCAAGAGAAAGACGGUGACGGCCAUGGACGUGGUCUAUGCACUCAAGCGGCAGGGACGACGCCACACAGCGCAGCAGCACCACCGUUGCAGCAGCAGAGCUUGCAGCAGUUCUGAUCUCCUCGAAACUAUGGCACGUACGAAGCAGACCGCGCGGAAGUCCACCGGCGGGAAAGCUCCCCGCAAACAGCUGGCCACCAAGGCGGCUCGCAAGAGCGCCCCGGCCACGGGCGGCGUCAAGAAGCCCCAUCGCUACCGCCCCGGCACCGUGGCUCUCCGCGAGAUCCGGCGCUACCAGAAGUCGACCGAGCUGCUGAUCCGCAAGCUGCCCUUCCAGCGCCUGGUGCGGGAGAUCGCGCAGGACUUCAAGACCGACCUGCGCUUCCAGAGCUCGGCCGUGAUGGCGCUGCAGGAGGCGAGCGAGGCCUACCUGGUGGGGCUGUUCGAGGAUACCAACCUGUGUGCCAUCCACGCUAAGCGUGUCACCAUCAUGCCCAAGGACAUCCAGCUGGCCCGCCGCAUCCGCGGUGAGCGUGCCUAA